AUGCCUGCCUACAUCAUCGUUCAUAUUUUCAUUCCUUUCGCACACCAAGCCGUCGAGUCCCUCGCGGACAUAUGGCCCAAAGACGAUAUACCCGCGGUAUUCAAGACGUCUGGACACGCUCGCGCGGCUGACGCGCCAUCGACACCAGCUGCUGCUGGUCCCUCCCUUCGACCUCGGAAUCUGAACAUGCAGCUGUCGUCCCCGAUUUCGCCCCAUACGCGGUCGCCGGCCUACCAGCUGCACGUCGCACCACCGAAUCCCCCCUCCGCCUCCGCAACACCGACACCCGUUCUCCGCCGCUCAAAGACCUCCGCGACUGUCCUCCAGACUGCAUUGUGCUGCAUCACCGCCGUGCGACCCAAGAUUCCGGAACUCGUCGCACGCGAGAAGGCCGGCCUAGGCGACGCUGACGCGACGCCGAUGGAGGGACGCAUCACUGUCGAGAUACUGACCGACAACGAGCAGAUCAACGUGGACGAUGUCAACAAGGCGCAGAAGACCGCAAUCAGCGGCGACGGCAAGACCGAAUGUUACGUUGUCCAGCUACAGAUGUGCACACCGCGAUCCGAAGGGUGCGAUACCAUCCGCAUCGCGGACGACGAACGCCCCGCGGGUCCAGCACGUGCCGCCAGCUUCAGUGCCGAACCGUUCACCCUCGCCAAACCAAGCAACGUCGACGCGUUCUCGACCUCUUCGACGUCUGCGUCCCAGACGAUGCUCCCGCCUCUCCCCCCGCUCCCGAGCACCCUCCUCUGCCCGCGCCGCACCUUCCUAGCCGCGCUCAUCCUCGCCUCCAAAUUCGCCCUGGACAGGACCUACUCGAACAAGGCAUGGGCCCGCCUUGCCGGCCUUCCCCCCCGCGAGAUUGGCAGAUGCGAGCGCGCCCUUGGCAGCGCUCUCAAGUGGCGCUUAUGGGUCGGUAAACUUCCGGGCGGCGUCAACGCGUCCGUGUUGGGCAAACGCGCGGUUGGCAGAUGCCGCAGCGAGAGCAACUUGUUCGCGAGGGCGGGUAGGGAUAACGCGGUGCCCUCCGUCACGGAGGCCAUCGACUCUGUCGUGCUUGCACCCCCGAAUCCCAAUGUCUGCUCCUUGCCGAACAUCGGACGAUCUCUUGGACGUGCAGCUAUCUUGCCCUCUCUGUCGCUGCCCUCUGUGCCUGAAGGCUGCGUUGCGAGGCUCAAUCAGUCGAGUUGCUCGUCGACGUCAAUGUAUGCGCAGGCCUUUUGGCCAGCCGCUACAUCCGCCGCGCCGCCGCCGUACUCCAACGGCCUCCCUUCAGCCACGUCGACCCCGAUGGGCACCAGCAGCACGUCCAACGCAUUCACUCCACCGCUGACACUGUCACCAAUAAGUAUGAUCUCAAGUUCGGGGUAG